AUGUACGCUUUACACGAAAAUGUGGUGUUCCUCCUGGGAUAUGUAUGCAGCUGUAUGCUCCGAGCAUGCGCCAACGCCGACAAGCUACGACGUCGAAUGCAGCGAACAUCGAUGGCUGGAUUAAAUUUUUAUACACCGCACAUUCCUGGGUUCCUUGGAUGGCAUUCCAGUCGAAAUCCGUAUGAGGCCGGCAAGAUUGGCACACUUGCUAGCAGUUCGAAUAUGGUCAGUCAGGCUAUCGAAUCUGAGUACGGAUUACGGCGAUUCCGAGAGUACCGAGGUCCGUUUGACUUGGCUUUGGCUUGA